GCACUUCCGUGUGCCGCGGCGCCAGAGCAGGAGGCGGCGGCCGCGGGAUUCCGCGAGCGGGCCCCUGGACAUCCACCCUCCGUGCCGGGACCCGGGCGGCCCCCAUUGGCCGCCGGGCCCGUCCUCAUCCUCAUCAAGCUUGUGCUCACCUCCCCUUCCACGCGCUUCGGCGAGACCCGCGCCGCGAGACAGACCCCGGCCCGCCGGGACCCCUGGCGCCCGGCCCUCCGUCGGGAGGCUUCACCAUGGCGCCAUUCCUGCGAAUCUCCUUCAAUUCCUAUGAGCUGGGCUCCCUGCAGACAGAGGAUGAGGCAAGCCAGCCUUUCUGUGCUGUGAAGAUGAAGGAAGCACUGAGCACCGAGCGCGGGAAGACGCUGGUUCAGAAGAAACCCACCAUGUAUCCUGAGUGGAAGUCAACAUUUGAUGCCCACAUUUACGAAGGCCGUGUCAUCCAGAUUGUGCUGAUGCGGGCUGCUGAAGACCCACUGUCUGAGGUGACCGUGGGUGUGUCGGUACUGGCUGAACGCUGCAAGAAGAACAAUGGCAAGGCGGAGUUCUGGCUGGACCUGCAGCCUCAGGCCAAGGUGCUGAUGUCUGUGCAGUAUUUCUUGGAGGAUGGGGAUUGCAAACAGUCUAUGCGUAGCGAGGAGGAGGCUAAGUUCCCAACCAUGAACCGCCGUGGAGCCAUUAAACAGGCCAAAAUCCACUACAUCAAGAACCACGAGUUCAUCGCCACCUUCUUUGGGCAGCCCACCUUCUGCUCUGUGUGCAAAGAAUUUGUCUGGGGCCUCAACAAGCAAGGCUACAAAUGCCGGCAAUGCAACGCUGCCAUCCACAAGAAAUGCAUUGACAAGAUCAUCGGCCGCUGCACAGGCACUGCCGCCAACAGCCGGGACACCAUCUUCCAGAAAGAACGCUUCAACAUUGACAUGCCACACCGGUUCAAGGUCUACAACUACAUGAGCCCUACCUUCUGUGACCACUGUGGCAGUUUGCUUUGGGGACUGGUGAAGCAGGGGUUAAAGUGUGAAGACUGUGGCAUGAAUGUACACCACAAAUGCCGAGAGAAGGUGGCCAACCUGUGUGGCAUCAAUCAGAAGCUCUUGGCUGAGGCCUUGAACCAAGUGAGCCAGAGAUCUUCACGGAAGCUGGACUCGGGAUCACCAGAGAGUGUUGGAAUAUACCAGGGAUUCGAGAAGAAGAUAGGAAUUUCUGGGGAUGACACUCCAGACAACAACGGGACCUAUGGCAAGAUCUGGGAGGGUAGCGCCCGGUGCAGCAUCGAUCGCUUCACCUUCCAUAAGGUGCUGGGCAAGGGCAGCUUUGGCAAGGUACUACUUGCGGAGCUAAAGGGCAAAGAGCAGUUCUUCGCGAUCAAGUGCCUGAAGAAGGACGUGGUGUUGAUCGAUGAUGACGUGGAGUGCACCAUGGUGGAGAAGCGGGUGCUGGCGCUGGCCUGGGAGAGCCCCUUCCUCACCCACCUCAUCUGUACCUUCCAGACCAAGGACCACCUGUUCUUUGUGAUGGAGUUCCUCAAUGGGGGUGACCUGAUGUACCACAUCCAGGACAAAGGCCGUUUCGAACUCUACCGGGCUACGUUUUAUGCAGCUGAGAUCAUUUGCGGGCUACAGUUUCUACACAGCAAAGGCGUCAUUUACAGGGACCUCAAGCUGGACAAUGUGAUGCUGGACCGGGAUGGCCACAUCAAAAUAGCUGAUUUUGGCAUGUGCAAAGAGAAUAUAUUUGGGGAGAACCGAGCCAGCACCUUCUGUGGCACCCCUGAUUACAUCGCCCCUGAGAUUCUGCAGGGCCUGAAGUACACAUUCUCCGUGGACUGGUGGUCCUUUGGGGUCCUCCUCUAUGAGAUGCUCAUUGGCCAGUCUCCCUUCCAUGGUGAUGAUGAGGAUGAACUCUUUGAGUCUAUCCGGGUGGACACGCCACACUAUCCCCGCUGGAUCACCAAGGAGUCCAAGGACAUCAUGGAAAAGCUGUUCGAGAGGGAGCCAGUCAAGAGACUGGGAAUGACAGGAAACAUCAGGAUUCACCCCUUUUUCAAGACUAUCAAUUGGGCCCUGCUAGAGAAGCGAAAAGUGGAGCCGCCCUUCAAGCCCAAAGUGAAAUCCCCUGCAGACUACAGCAACUUUGACCAAGAGUUCCUGAGUGAGAAACCCCGCCUUUCCUACAGUGACAAGAACCUCAUCGACUCUAUGGACCAGGCAGCCUUCCAUGGCUUCUCCUUUGUAAAUCCCAAAUUUGAGCAACUCCUGGACAAGUGAGCUCCCAGACCUUCUUUCUGUGCCAACAGAGCAGUUCUCAUCCGCAUGCCCAUGGACAGCAGCAGGUGACUGGGUGAUUGCCGCUGCUACCCCUUACCCUCAGAGGGCUUGGCUCUUGUUGGCUGGGCUCACAGUACCUUCCUCUGUGAACUGUUUGUGAAUUUGCUUUCCCUUUGCCGUCAGAGGGAAACUGUAAAUCCUGUGUUUCAUUACUUGAAUGUAGUUAUUGAAAUAUAUAUUAUAUAUAUGCACAUAUAUAUAAUAGGCUGUAUAUAUUGCUCAGUAUAGAAGCAUGUAGGGGACUGGUAAUGUGUUGACCUUUUU